AUGAAGGCGGAGGAAUCGGUUAGUCGCGUGGAAAGGCAAAUUUUAAAAAAACUUGAAUAUAAACCAGAGAGUAUAAUCCCAGAUGAAUAUACCAAGGUAAUGCCUGAAGUCAAUGUGGCGGAGACUCUAGAAUUGGAAGAAAUACCUAAAUUCAAUCACCAACAUAUAUAUUGGUAUACCAAAUGGAGGAAUCUAUUGACUAUUAAACAUAUUAUAUACACGUCGUUAGAAAUAGGAAAUUAUAAAAUUACGCAUCAACACAAGGAUAUUAUAUUUUUAGAAUAUUUAUGGGGAUCAUUGUUUGAUGAGCUUACAGUAAACAACUUGUUGGAACAAGCUCAAAAAUCAAAAAUUUUAGAUAAUACUAACGAAUUCCUGAAGGCCUUGCAUAGUCCCGAGAAAUUUGACUUGCCUGAUAUUUUGUAUUUUGGGUUACUGGAUUUUGCGAAAGAUUUAAGUUAUAGGAUAUCACAAAAAGUCAUAUUGGUAUUUUGCUAUUAUUUCGGGUUGGAAUUAUUACAAAAAUUCCACGAACUGGAAAGAUUCGUCGAGGAUAAUAAAAUAUCGCCAUCUAUUCAAGAAUUUAAGAAACAUGCGGUAUUUUUGCGAAAUUUUCAUAAUAAUGAAAGAUUAAACGUUAGCUUGGAUGAUUCAGAAAAUUUACCCUUGUUAUCGAUGUUUGCAUGCGAAAAAUGGAGUAUGGUUGAAAGGUUAUCCGAAAGAACCUCCAAGUGUCCAAUAUGUAGAACCGAGAUUGCAGAGGAAAAUACAUUCAGACUUAGUCAGGCUCACAUAUUAAAAGCUUUCUACGAAGAAUUAAGAAUACUUAAUUUUGUUUUGUUGGUUAAUCCUAGUAACACACCAGCCCUUAUUGCACGUGGUAUUGUCUAUCGCAUGUUAAAUCAAAAUGAAGAAUCUCUUGAGGAUUUUAGUGCAGCACUUCAGCUUGAACCAGAUGAUGAAUCUGCAUUAGAGAAUCGAGGCGAGACUUAUAGAAUAAUGGACAGAUAUGAAGACGCAGUUGCUGAUUUGAAUAAAGCAUUGAUGAUAAAUCCCAACAGCUCAUUUGCAUUGAGAUCUCGUGGGAGUACUUUCCGAUGUCUUGAACUAUACGAAGAAUCUAUAGCGGAUUUAAGCCGAGCAUUAGAAUUGCAACCAAACAAUUCAUUCGCACUUAAAAAUAGGGGGGAAUCUUACCGAUUGUUAGGUCAGCAUGAAGAGGCGCUCGCAGAUUUUAAUAAAUUCCUGGAGAUCGAACCGAAUAGUAUAUUCUCUCUCUUCUCUCGUGGUGAAACUUACCUGGCAAUGGGUCGAAGCAAUGAUUUUCUCUCUGAUUUAAAUAAGAUAUUGGAGCUAAAACCAGACAAUACUGCCGCACUGCUGAAUAGGAGCAUUAUAUAUCAAACGAUGAAUCUAUUUGAUGAAUCACUUGCAGACAUAAAUCUCGCAAUAGAAAUACGACCUGAUGAUGCAAGGGCGUAUAAAAUUCGUGGUGACCUUUAUAUAAGUCAGAAAAAAUUUUUGGAAGCCAUAUCGGAAUUCGAUAAAGCGCUAGAGAUUGACCCGAAUUAUUUUAACGCACGGAUAAUUCGUGGUUAUGUUCAUUGGAAAAUGAGAAACUACGAAUAUUCUCUUAUUGACUUCAGUAAGGUUUUAGAAAUUGAACCAGAGGAUGUAGUUAUUUUGGCAGCAAGAGGAAACAUCUUUCGUAACCUUGGAAUGUAUCAAGAGUCUAUGGAGGAUUUGAACAAAGCAUUGUCGAUCGAUCCCAAUUAUCAUUAUACAAUUGAAAUCCGUGGAUCCACUUUAUACCAGCUUGGAAGAUAUGAAGAGGCAUUGGACGACUUUCAAAUAGCAAUUGAUAAAGACCCAGAUAAUUAUUUUGUAUAUGGGUAUCGUGGCGCAGUUUAUAUUAAGUUAAACAUGUAUGAACAAGCUGAAAAUGAUUUAGAUAAAGCAAUUGAACUAGAAGAAAGUGAACCGUGGAUGCAUUGGUUUCGUGGAAUACUUUAUUUUUAUACCGAUCGUUAUGAACAGGCAUUUAUAGAUUUAGACACUGCUGAUGGGUUUGUUCCUGAAGUUUAA